CGGACAGCCAAAGGCCCCAACUCGACCUCCCCCGCCAAACCUCCAAACCUUCAAAACCUCGCGCCGCAACUUGAACCUCCUCCGAUCUUGGGCCUCUCGUCGUCUUCCUUGUACUUUACAGCAUCCCCCCGCCUAUACCCUCUUCCUCUUCUUUUGUGCUCUCUUCAGUCCUCUUCCAUCAUCAUGUCGUGGCAAGCAUACGUCGACACUAGCCUCGUCGCCACCGGUCACAUCGACAAGGGCGCCAUCGUCAGCGCUGCUGGUGACAGCGCCUGGGCCACUUCCGCCGACUUUCAGCUCAAGCCCGAGGAGAUGAAGGCCAUCUCCUCCAUUGUCAGCGAAAACAAGGCCGCCAUCGACAAGGCCUUUGCCGAGGGUCUGUACAUCGGUGGCGAGCGAUACGUCUUGACCCGAGUCGAGGGCCGAAGUCUCUACGCCCGAGCGGGCCGUCUCGGCGUCGCAGUUGCCAAGACCACUCAGGCUAUCGUCGUCGGCCACCACGGCGAGGCCCAGGUUGCCGGCAACGCCACUAGCACCGUUGAGGCCCUCGCCGAUUACCUCAUCGGUCAGGGUUACUAGAUAUUCGCGAGUACGGGAUGGGAUCCCCUAGGGAGCGCCAAGAACGCUGUCUACCCGCGGCCCGGAUAGGCAUCGCAGCUAUGACGAGCUGGUGUUGAGAGGAGGGCUUUUGUUUUAAAGCACUGGGCGGUGAGCCCGAGCGUCGACCGGCGAGGAGGACAUUUUCUUUGUUUGGCCAGGAAUCGUCCAAACGAAUUUGUUUCUACAACGAUUCUGCAUAUAGGCAAUCCAAGUGCCCUCCAAAUCUUCCCAU